AUGGAGAGCCUUUACCGCGGCGAGGACAGCGACGGGACGGGCAGGUCGGAGCCAAAAAAUGGGGGGAUGGGUAACGGGGGUAACGGUUCAGCGUUCGAUGUCUCGUUGGUGGGGCGGGCCCGGCAGGGGUUCCGGAUGCCUGUGAGUGGGGUUCUUGGUCAUAGCUCCAAGCCGCCCACCGUCGCACCUACAAAGCCGAUCACACAGAGACCAGUGACAAGCGGUCCGCGGAUGGUGCCGCCGCCUGACAGGGUUAUUAGUCCAUCUCUAAAAGAUUCAGACAGUGCCUACAGCCUUGCGACCGACGACGGGGCGAGCUCGAAGCACCCGGAGAUCGUCAGGACGGGAUACAUACUAUCCUUCACUAUAGUCAUCAUGACAACCUGCAUCCUAGAGAACCGGGGCAACGUCUUUGCGCUGAACCUUGCGAUGCUGGCGGCGAUGCCGCUGCUGAGUGCUACCAUGGUAUUGCACAGCAGCUCUCAAGGGAGGAUACGGUAUUCGUUGCUUGCUAUGGUGGGGGUCACGUGCCUCUCGGCAUCGUCUAUAUCUAUAAUCCUCUCGGACACGACGCUCUCCCUCCUGCGGCACACACCCGGCCUGCUCUGUUUGACUCUAUUCUUCUACGGGAUGUCGACAGCCUGGCGGCGGAUGAUGUCGGCGGUCUGCUCGGUGCUCAUAUUGCUAUGUAUCAUAACCUCCGCAAUCGUCGACGCCAACUUCGAGAACAAGCAGACCAUGGUUUUAGCGACGUGCCUGAUCUUCGGUCUCUUGUUCCUAGAAUCCAACGUCGCGGUGACACCGCUGGCGUGUAAGAAAGAAGAAGGGGGGUGCAUGGGGAUAGUAUGA